AUUGCACAUGGUACCACAUCAUUAUGGCGACACCACACUUCUGAAAAUUCAGUCAGAAGAACAUGAUAAUAUCAUAGUUGCCUACCCUCCCGCAUCCUGCGGGAGCCUCCCGUUUCAGCCAUAAAUCUCCUGAUCCCCUGCUUUAUAGGUCAAUUCUCCCGGAUUCUUCAGAUUCUGUCAGGGGUGACACUAAGGAGUUUCUUUGCAAGAACAACCUCGUCCAGCACAAUGAAAAUCUUGUUACUUAAAGACCCCAAAAAUAGCGACGUAGCCUCAGAUCCCUAUGUCCAGGAGUUCUCAUCAUAUGGAUUUCAAGCAACGCUAAUCCCUGUGUUAUCCUUUAAAUUUGUGUCCCUAGAGCAUCUGUAUGACAAGCUGUGUCAUCCUGAGAGCUAUGAGGGUCUGAUAUUCACCAGCCCGAGAGCAGCAGAAGCCGUCAGACUGUGCCUGGAGAAGCCCAGUAAUAGAGAAGACUGGGAACAUUCUCUGAAAGACAAGUGGAAUUCUAAGUGCAUCUACGUGGUUGGAAAAGCUACUGCUACUCUGGUUGAUGGCCUUGGUCUGUGCUCUGAAGGUGAAGCAUCUGGUAACGCAGACAAACUGGCUGACCUCAUUUGCUCAAAACAAGUGUCUUAUGCGGGUCCAAUCCUGUUCCCAUGUGGCGCUCUAAAGAGGGAGGUCCUUCCAAAGAGGCUCCAGGAGAAAGAUGUACCCCUGGAGACCAUUACUGUUUAUCAAACGGCCCAGCAUCCCGAUAUACGAUCGCGCCUGGCAGAUUAUUUCACAAAGGAAGGGAUCCCAGCAAGUAUCGUCUUUUUCAGUCCAUCCGGAGUGAAGUUCUGUCUCAAGAUAAUCCAGGAACUAUCAAAUGAUCAACUAAACCAAAUUAAGUUUGCUGCGAUUGGCCCUACAACAGCCGAGGCAAUGGCUGCGGAAGGCCUGUGUGUCAGCUGCACAGCGCAGAAUCCCACCCCUCAGGAACUGGCCCAGGGGAUACACCAAAUCCACAAGCCAUAACCCCGCUGAUGGUGGUAUAAGGAGCAUCUGACAAUCGCCGCGGAAAUGAGUGGGAUCUCGAUGUCAUUACUGUGAUGCCGUCCAUAUUGGAACUUUAUUUAUGUAAAAUAGAUGUGAUGACAUUAAAUGUUAUUUGUCCAUGUGAUAUUCUCUGAUGGUCUAUUCGGGAACAUCGGAACGAGUUGUCCCAAUUAGUGGUUAGGUGUUUUACGUAUCUACGCGCUUGUGAGAGGUUGAUGAGCAUAUGUGCUAUAGUUAAUGUAUAAUAGUUAAUGUGGACACUAUUAUGUACUAAGAAUAAAAUAGGGUUGGAAAAAUGAAUACUUGAAUAAUGAAAAUUGGUUGAUGUUUGUUUUGAUUAAAGACCGUUUUGUUAAAAGAGUCCACUAUGAGGUAGUGUAGUGCUUUAACCACCACAAUAUUAAAAUAUACUAGGGAUGUUGUCCACCAGGGCCAGACUGGAAAAAUGCCAGAAGAGCCAGUCAGGCUGCCUGAACACCUGGCCGGGAAGCUCCGGCUCCUGGCGUUCUGCUUGUCCGGCACGGAGAGACAGACGGGCCAUGCCCCUGUGACUUGCGAUAUGCCCCUGUGAGGCGUGGCCAUGCCCUUUUUUUCAAGUGCGCACAUCACAGUCUGUCCCAGUUGUCCUCCAACCCCUUAAUAUAUCCUGCCCCCCUUUGCAAUAAAGAGGACCCCCAACCUUUGCAAUCCCCGCUUAUCUAAAGCCAGAAUGCCCAUUACACCAUAAAUCACAUUACUGGGUGACAAAUAACCUUCUAAAGAGGAUAAUGGAAAAGAUGACUAUAGCAGUCAGUAAGCUAUCAUUUAUCUAGAACAUUCUACAUAAUGAUAGCUAGAAGCUGAUAUACUGUAGGCAUUAUUCACUGUAAAGCUGCAUCAUGAUCCGGGCCAGUAAUAUGGGUUCAGGUUAGGAGGACGGACGUUCAUGGCAGCCCCUCCAGAAGACAGGUUUGUGGGGCUGAUUAUAUUAAUUGAAGGGGAGUUAUUGUCUCAUUCACAAUGUGUGUCCGGACCCUUGGAUGUAUUUGAGGUACUGUAUUAUAAUGUAUACAUUAAUAUUCUCCAGUCACUUUGUGUAGCUCCCCUCCUUUUCCUAAUCUUGCCUAGAACAUGGUUUCACAGAUUAUACGCUUAUGUCAAAUACAUUUAGUUCUGAGAAGUUAAUUAGGGGGUAGGGGGAACUGUAUCAAACCUUCCAGAGAGAUAAAACGGAGAAGUUGCCUGUAGCAACCAAAGAGAUUCUGCCAUUUUUAAACUCUGGUAAGAUAAAUGAUAGCUGAAAGCUGAUUGGUUGAUAUGGGUAACUUUACUUUAUCUCUCUCAAAGGUUUGAUACAUCUCAAACUUUAUACACACCUCUAAAACAACAACAUGUAUUUUAUAAGUUUAAUGAUUUGUUACAUAAAAGUGAUGCACUGAGGGCUGAGAAUAUAAUGACCGUGGAAGGCGGAAGGGGUAGGACACGUUUUUGUACAAAUCAUCCUGAUUUAUGUUCCUUUAGGUCAGGCAUGUCCAAACUGCGGCCCUCCAGCUAUUGUGAAACUACAUAUCCCAGCAUGCCCUGACACAGUUUUGCUGUCAGAGAAAACUAAAGCUGUGUCAGGGCAUGCUGGGAUGUGUAGUUUCUCAACAGCUGGAGGGCCGCAGUUUGGACAUGCAUGCUUUAGGUAUAAUCUUUAGCAUGCAAAUAGGCUUGCUUAAAUGUAACAGGAAGUGUUAUUUAUCACUUUCUACGGUGCUCUGGUCAUGUGGCCUCUGCCAGCAGACUGCAGCUAAUUAGUUUGCUACUCGUGAAGCCUGGCGCUAGUUUAUUUGUGGAAUCAAUUUAUAAAAAAAGAAAAAAAAAAAGCCUCACAGGCAAUAUUACUUCCGUACAGAUUGUACUUCUCUGGUCACGCUCCGCAGAGAACGAUCUAUCUCGACUUCAGUCUGCGCUGAUAUAAUAAUCUGUUUGCUGCUUGUACAUUUAUUGUAGUAUUUGCCAAUGUACCUAUAUAUCAGGUGGUUGAUUUUUUUUUUCUUUUCCGCUUAAUAAAACCAGCUACGAUUGAUGUUGUUUAAAACUAGUAAAUUGUGACUUAUGUGCAACAAUAAAAUGCUUGUUUGUGUCCAAGGGAAA